AUGUUGUCGUCAGCCUUCAGCAACACCCCACGUCGAAGUGAUGCAUACCAAGUUUACGGCGUUAUCCGUUUCAAGUUGCAUAACAAGAUGCGGAGUUCAAGACGGGGUGCCGAAAAUUUAAAUUUUCGCUUCCAUUUUUCGCUCAUUUUUUAUCUCAUGUUUGAAAUUUUCAAGGAGGGCAGGUUCACAGUUCUCAUUUUUCUACGAAAAACCGAUCAAAACGAGAACCCUACUACAAUUUUGAGAAGAGACUCUACCGUCCCUGUCAGUCAAGUCCGACUCAAAACGGCAACGUGCUCUGCCAUGACGCCAUGA